AUGGAGAUGAAAUUCGUAAUGAUAAUAAUACUUGGCUUUGGUUUUAUGUUUGUUUUUACUGCAUUUCAAACAAUGUGUAAUAUUGAGAAAACCAUAUUGGACAGCAUAUCGCAGGAGGAUGACAGCUUCAAAGGCGAUGGCUACACCAGCCUGGCCAUACUCUAUCUGUUCUUUUCACUCUCCAAUUGGCUGGCGCCAUCCUUCAUAUCCUUUACGGGACCGCGCGUGGCAAUGGUUGUGGGCGCGUCCACCUACACGCUCUUCAUGAUCACAUUCCUAUUCCCGUCGACGGCGCUGCUGUAUGUGGCCAGCGCUGUGCUGGGUCUGGGCGCCUCGAUCACCUGGACGGGCCAGGGCACCUAUUUGGCGCGCUGCAGCAAUGCGGAGACGAUUUCACGCAAUUCGGGCAUCUUUUGGGCCCUGCUGCAGUGCAGCAUGUUCUUUGGCAAUCUGUUUGUCUACUAUCAGUUCCAGGACAAGACGCACAUCGAUAAGGAGACGCGUAAUCUGGUCAUUGGAGUGCUCACUGGUGUGGCCAUAUUGGGCAUUGUGUUUUUGGCCGCGCUGCGCUUCAUGGCCAGCAAUGCGGAGCAGGAUAAUGAGCUGGAGCAGCAGCACACGGGCUGUGGCCAGGCGCUGUAUGCUCUUAAGCUGGCCGGCAAACUGUUCUGCACCAAGAGAAUGCUGCUGCUCAGCUUGGCCUUCUUCUAUACAGGUCUGGAGCUGUCGUUCUUCAGCGGCGUGUUUGGUUCGUCCAUUGGCUUUACCUCGAAAAUCGCCUCAACGCCCAAGGAAAUUGUUGGCCUGGUGGGCAUUUGCAUUGGCGUCGGCGAGGUGUUUGGCGGCGGCUUCUUUGGCAUUUUGGCCUCGAAGACGACACGCUUUGGACGCGAUCCGAUUGUUAUUGCCGGCUAUGUGCUGCACAUGGCUGCCUAUUUGAUGACAUUCCUCAACUUGCCCAACAGCGCACCGUUUACGGAUACCACCGAUAUAUCUUACUUGGAUCCACCCAGCGCCACCAUGGCUCUAGUCUGUGCCUUUCUGCUGGGUCUGGGCGACGCCUGCUUCAACACCCAGGUCUACUCCAUGCUGGGCGGCGAAUUUGUCAACAAUCCUGUGGGCGCCUUUGCGCUAUUCAAGUUCACACAAUCCGUGGCGGCGGCCAUCAGUUUCUUUUACUCCUCGCACUUUGGUCUGUACGUCCAGCUGGCCAUUCUGGUGGCCACCGGCACCAUUGGCACAGUCGCUUUUGUUAUUGUUGAAUGGAGCUUUAAGCGGGAGCAUCGCGAGAUGGAGAAGUAGAUUAGUUCGUCGCUUGCAGACUAGUUUAAUUCGUAAUAAAUUUAAUGCUGUUUGUAUGUUAGAUUAGUACUUGUAUUUAAAUUGAGAUUGCUUAGGGUAAUGCACGCUUUUGUGUGUAGAUAUAUAUAUAUAUAUGUGCAUACAUAUGUGUCCUAUGUACCUGUGUAUGCAUAUAUGUUCAUUGUUUGUUAAAAACCCUUCGUGCGUGCAUUUGCGCGCGCGCCGGCGUCUUCCUAUACAUAUGCAAUAAUAGUUAAUUGUUGAUCGCUAAUGUUGCUAUAUGUAUGAAUGUUUGUAUUUUAAUGUUGAACAUUCAAAACGUACUCAUAAUUGUAGUUGUAAUUGUUUUUUAUAUAAAUUUAUAAAUAUAUAUAUAUAUGUAUGUGUAUGUGUAUGUAUUUGUUUAUCUAUGUUAAUUUAUUUGAAGCACAAAAGUAAACGUGCAAUUGUAAAUUUAUAUUGUCUACAAUUACAAAUGCAGCGCGCAGUUUGCAUAUGCACUGCGAGCAUUAAAUAUA